GAUGAAAAACAUGCAAAACGUCCUGACGUAGACCUUAAAAAAUUUUAUACUGACAGAAAGACUCAUCUGUAUACACUCGUGCUGAAACCUGACAACACAUUUGAAGUGUCAAUUGACCAAACAGUUGUUGGCAAGGGAAGUCUCCUUGAAGACGUGGUUCCAUCUGUGAAUCCCCCCAAAGAAAUAGAAGAUCCCAAUGAUAAGAAGCCUGAGGACUGGAAUGAAAGAGCUAAAAUUCCUGAUCCGAAUGCUGUCAAGCCAGAUGACUGGAAUGAAGAUGAGCCUCCCAACGUAGAAGAUCCUGAUGCUGUUAAGCCUGACGAUUGGCUAGAUGAUGAAUCAGAAUACAUUCCAGAUCCCAGUGCCAAAAAACCAGAGGAUUGGGAUGAGGAAAUGGAUGGUGAAUGGGAAGCCCCGCAGAUUCCUAAUCCAAAAUGUGAGAAGGGUGUAUCUGGCUGUGGAGAAUGGGUACGCCCCUUGAUAAACAAUCCAAACUAUAAAGGAAAAUGGAAACCACAAAUGAUAGACAACCCUGAUUAUCAGGGAAUAUGGACCCCUCAAAAAAUCCCUAAUCCUGAUUAUUUUGAAGAUCCUAAUCCUUUUCAGAUGACUCAAGUCAGUGCGAUUGGCUUAGAACUUUGGUCUAUGACAUCUGAGAUCUACUUUGAUAAUUUCAUCAUCUGUUCAGACAAAGAAGUAGCUGAUCAACGGGCAGCAGAUGGCUGGGGAUUAAAAAAAUUGGUUGCAAGUGCUAACGAACCUGGUAUGUUUAGUCAGCUCAUAACUGCUACAGAAGAACACCCGUGGCUUUGGAUACUUUACAUCUUGACUUUAGCACUACCUGUAGGGUUGGGCAUAUUAUUAAUACACAGCUUUUUACAAACACCAGCAGAUUAG